AUGCAACCAAAACGAAUCCCCCCCGAAGUCCUCGCCGAGAUCUUUCUAGAGUGUCUCGAUACCGAGCGCUGGGAGGACCGUGAUGCAAAGAUGCCCAGUGGCCCUAGCGACGCGCCUCACCUGCUCACUCAAAUAUGUCGCUACUGGCGUGCGGUGGCGUUGUCCACUCCACACCUAUGGUCCACCCUCUUCUUCCCAGACAUCCCCGAAACCCGCGAACAAUGCGACGGCUUGUUCGCACGAGUCCCAGUAUGGCUCUCGCUGUCCAAAUGCCUGCCCCUCUCGUUUGUGCUGCGAAUUGAGAACGACGCGCCCGUCGAGCUCCCCCAGUACGUCGCGCUGCUGCAGAAGGAGAUCCACCGCUGGAGGGCGGCGCGGUUCGAGACGAGCGCGAACCAGGUCCACUGGUUCCCCGCGUUCGUGCCCCACUCGAUGCCGCUCCUCGAGGAGUUCGCGUACGACGGCUGGAGCGACACCUCGAUUGCCACAACCCCGACGCUGAUGACGUCCCUUGCCUCCGCUCCACGCCUGCGCAGCGUCGACCUCGCGCAAAACCAAAUCUACAACUGGGUGUUGCCCUGGGCGAACCUGACGACACUGCACCUGAUCUACGAGACCGUGGAGCUCCCGACGGCCAUGAUCGGAAGGCUCUGCGAGAGUCUCGGCGCGUGCGCAUGUCUGGACAGCCUCCACGUCGGGUUUUCCAAUCGCACGGUUGGCCCAGUCCUCCCAUCGACGUCAUGCAUCGUGAUCCCGGUGCUCACCGAGCUGUCAAUCACGUGCAGUCACAUCAAGGGCAUUGUGUCCGUAAUGCACACCCUCGUCGCCCCACGCCUACAGGCUCUCCACAUCGACCGCACUGAUUUCGAGUUCGACUAUCCCCACGCCGUGAUCGGCGCAAGCAUCCGCACAUUUGUGGCUCGCAGCAAAGGCGCGCCGAUCCGCAUGCUCGGCUUGGAAGACGUGCACCUCGAUCCCGACGAACUCGUCGCCCUCCUCGAGUUGCUCCCCAGCCUGGAAUAUCUCAGCUUUCAAGAUGAGAUGAUCGACUCACGCGUGCUGGACGCCCUCACGCUCAAGUUCGAUGCCGAAGGCCAGCUCGUCUUCGGUCCGAACCCGCGCCUCCGGCACAUCUCCUUUCUGCCCCCGCAACAAACCUUCGGUCUCAUGGGCACAUACCGCUCCACCAAAGCCGUGCUGCCUCUCUCGAUGCACGCAAACAGCCCCUUUCCCGCGCAAGGGAGCAACACCCCGGACCUGAUCACCUUCGCGCGGCAGCUGCAGCCGCCGCGCGAAGUGCUCCCUCCAGGUCGAGAGAGAUUGACACGAUGGCUCCGGGCGGUCGGGAGCUCGGCGUUCUGUGGCAGCCUUGCAGGCAUGAUCCGGUCGCGCUGGGCGGUGCCUCCGAAUUCCGACGUCCCGCGCGCGGGGCUCGAGCUCGUGCAGUUCGACCUGCAUAUCCUCCAGAAGAUCAUGCCCGCGCGUCAGUCGGGUGGUGGGACAGAUCUCACAUCAGGUUCGGAAAAGACUACUUCCUAUGCGGCACAUCAAAUGCACGCCAUGCCUAGCUUCUCUAGACGGAAUUCGGUUGGGUUGUCUUGUUUAGUGCGCGGUAUGUCUGCCGAACUCGAACUGCUACCAGUCAAUUUAAGCUUCCUACUGACGGUCAAGAGCCCAGAUAUGGGGAAGGGUGGAAAUGAAAGAAUUUUCACUUUCGAAGACGUCCCGCUCAACGCAGAGGACCUCCUUACCACAGAAUCCUUGUGA